AUGGCGGAACGCAGGCGGCACAAGAAGCGGAUUCAGGAAGUUGGUGAACCAUCUAAAGAAGAGAAGGCUGUAGCCAAGUUUCUUCGAUUCAACUGUCCAACAAAGUCCACCAAUAUGAUGGGUCACCGGGUGGAUUAUUUUAUUGCUUCAAAAGCAGUGGAUUGCCUUUUGGAUUCAAAGUGGGCAAAGGCCAAGAAAGGCGAGGAAGCUUUAUUUACAACGAGGGAGUCUGUGGUUGACUACUGCAACAGGCUUUUAAAGAAGCAGUUUUUUCAUCGGGCACUGAAAGUAAUGAAAAUGAAGUAUGAGAAAGACAUAAAAAAAGAAAAAGAAAAAGGAAAAGCUGAAAGUGGAAAAGAAGAAGAUAAAAAGAGCAAGAAAGAAAAUCUGAAGGAUGAAAAAACAAAAAAGGAAAAAGAAAAAAAAAAAGAUGGUGAAAAGGAAGAAUCCAAAAAGGAGGAAACACCUGGAACUCCCAAAAAGAAGGAAACUAAGAAAAAAUUCAAGCUUGAGCCACAUGAUGAUCAAGUUUUUCUGGAUGGAAAUGAGGUAUUUGUGUGGAUCUAUGACCCAGUUCACUUUAAAACAUUUGUCAUGGGAUUAAUUCUUGUGAUUGCAGUGAUAGCAGCCACCCUCUUCCCUCUCUGGCCAGCAGAAAUGAGAGUAGGUGUUUAUUACCUCAGUGUGGGUGCAGGCUGUUUUGUAGCCAGCAUUCUUCUCCUUGCUGUUGCUCGUUGCAUUUUAUUUCUCAUCAUUUGGCUCAUAACUGGAGGAAGGCACCAUUUUUGGUUCUUGCCAAAUCUGACUGCUGACGUGGGCUUCAUUGACUCCUUCAGGCCUCUUUACACACAUGAAUAUAAAGGACCAAAAGCAGACUUAAAGAAAGAUGAGAAGUCUGAAACCAAAAAGCAGCAGAAGUCUGACAGUGAAGAAAAGUCAGACAGUGAGAAAAAGGAAGAUGAGGAGGGAAAAGUAGGACCAGGAAAUCAUGGAACAGAAGGCUCAGGUGGAGAACGGCAUUCAGACACAGACAGUGACAGGAGGGAAGAUGACCGAUCCCAGCACAGUAGUGGAAAUGGGAAUGAUUUUGAAAUGAUCACAAAAGAAGAACUGGAACAGCAAACAGAUGGGGAUUGUGAAGAGGAGGAAGAAGACAAUGAUGGAGAAACAAGUAAAUCUUCACGUGAAAAAUCAUAA